GAUCGCUCCUUGUGGAUCUGGAGGCCACAGAGAAGGCAAUGGCUUGGACUCUGGGCAGGCCCACCAAGUCCUCGAAGCAGUACCUGCGGCAGGUCAUGGCAGAGUAUGAAGCGCUGGACCGUGAGCUCCCGUGCAUCCGGAAGUUCUCCUCUCCACCCUCUGCCCAGCCACUCUGCCUCUGCAUGGAGACCUCAGAGGAUUUCACACACCUGGAAGUGCUGGAGGCGCUGGAGGCUGAGCUGCCCGGGGCCAUGGACAGCGGGCGCGUGAGCAGCAUCCGCUUCGAGAACAUGAACGUCAUUUGCGGGACUGCGGGACGCAGGGACAGGUGGCUCGUCACCGUCACCGAUUUCCAGACGCGCUCGCGCCUGCUGCGCUCGGGGCUCAGGCCCCGCAGCCUCGCGCACCCACUAGUACGCCACGACGACCUGCUGCUGGGUGACUACCGCCUGCACCUGCGCCGCUCCGUGGUCCGACAGCGCAUGCUCGAGGCCCUGGGGGCGGAGCCUGCCGAGGAAGACUGA